UGGAGAUACAUACAUCCUUUACAAACCACAGUUGCGGAGAUGAUCCAAGUAGACGGGAGGCUUCGAGUACGGGGUGACCUUGAGAUUCCCUUUGCGGCCGCUCAACACUUCGAUGCAACCUUCGCUCUCGCACUGCGCAGCGUGACGCACCCAAUGCUCACUCGUGCUCCGUAUCUACUCUACUUGCACGCAGUUUCGUUUCAGCAGUCUCGACGACCCGAAGUAGCACAGAAUGAAAAAUUCAAGGCACCAAAACAUUCACCGUUAGCUGGCCUGCUGCCGCCUCGGUCGUUGAGAUCUCCGUUAAUUAUAACUAAUUAUACCAUAGACGUCAAUGCCGAUACUCUGUGCCCGUGGCUUGGUCAGCACCGGUUAAGGGUGACGAGGGUUCACGUGAGGGGUAUUGGGGGGAAACAGCGUCACAGACGACAGCUGGGUGAGAAGCUACCGGAUCAGCGGAGCGAUGUUGAUGGCGACGGUCGUCGUACGGGGUUUGAGAUGCCGGCCAGGUAGAAAAGAAAAGAGAAAGAUCUAGCUCUCUCUCUGUUGAGUUUUCUCCUUG